UUUAACAUGUAUGGCAUGCAUUUGCCUCGUUUACUUGUAAGUUCCUUAAAAGAGGGAUGAAUUGAAAUGUAUUAUGCUAUCAGUUUAAUUCCCAUUUCUGUAAUUCAACAUAUUUGGAUUUUUAUAUGAUGGAUUCAGCACAUUGAAGAAUAAAUCUGUGGGGAUAAAAAUAUUCUACUAGAACUAGAUCUACUAUAUUAAGAUUUGUUUUGUUAAUCAUCAUUCAUUUUCUGUCAUUUAGCCAAUAUGGUAUUUCAUAUGGUAUUAUAGUAUUUCAAAAUUAAUUUUAUGAAAAGAUAGUUAAGAUUUACCUUAGGAAACGAAGCUGAAAAGAAAAACUAUAUAAACAUUUACCUGAAAAUCAUGUAAAUGACCUUUUAAUACAUUCACUGCAUAAAAAAGUUUGAAUUUUGCCGUUUCAACUAAUUUCUAAUCUGUAGGGUUCUCAGAGAGCCUCGCGACAGCAGUUCAUCCGAGUCACCAUAGGGGCGCUGUGGCGCUGUCCAGGUCCGAGUGAUCCAAGCUGACGACCUGAUAGCCUUCACCAAACAAUUAAGAGAUAUUUCUGUUAGUGUCGUCUCAAGAAAUAUCCUUUAAUUGUAAAGUGAAGGUUAUCAUUCUUCAUCCGAUAAAAAGGAAAAUGUCAGAAAAGUAUGCUAGCAAAUUUCUGCAAGAAACGUGACUUGAGUCGCAUUUUCGUGGCUUUUAUAUGUUGGAGAAUUAGUUCCAUGAGCUGCCAGACUCGUUUAAACGACUCACCUUAAUUGUGAAAUGUUUUUUUUUUGUAAAAAUGCUUACACGCCAUAGUAUAGAUUCGACGUUAGUCAGCCAUUCACAAUUCACAGUUCACAAUUCAUUUCAGUCUCAUUCACCCUUGUUUUCCUUCGUUCCGUGGUUGCUACAGACUCCGUUUCUUUUCUUUUUCAGUGUACUAGCGGGGUCUAUAUAAAGUACCAGGCAAAAUAUCCACCGAUAAACGGAGCGCCGGAGGUCGCCUUUUUCUUCUCUCCCACUUCUGGACUCGCUGUUAGUGCGGCGAACUUCUGUAGAGAAUUUUAAGCGUCCGUAUUAUCAACUUUUCUUUAAGCCCUGAUUCAAAAUCAGUGAGAGCUUGUGUCACUGAGAAGAAAAAAUGUUUAGAAUUAAAUAUUUGAGGAAAUUCUUCUUCCUGGUGGUCGGUUGAACUUCACGCGCUCAGGGCUGUGCUGGACCUCCCGCCGCCCACUCCGCUGUGGCGACUCUCUCUGGCGCGCGCAGAUUUCAUUUCUCCUUGGUUUUUACCGUACCGUUCCGAUCUUUCGAUUCUUUGGUCACGUGGAGCAGAGAAACGCAAAAAACUCCGAGCUUUCAGAGAGAGAGAGAGAGGGUGAGAGAGGGAGAAAGAGAGAGAGAGAGAAAGAGAGAGAGGGUCUCUCUCUGCGCUGCAGUUAGCAGUAUCCACAGUGAGAGCUGGAGCGCGCGGACCCGUUUCUUUGCCUCUGACCGUGGUACCCCCGUCGUUUCCCUUGCUCUCCUACCCCUCCUUUUCUGCUUUCCUUCCCUUGAGAGCUUAUUUUUUCCUCGCGAAUAUCCUUUCUCACUUUCAAUUUUAAUAGAUCUCGGAGAAAGAUAGAAGUGACGCAUCCUUGAUCUCUUCCAUAGUGGUCGUUCUCGCGCAAGCUCUUUUUCUCUCUGGAACUGGAUUUUUUGAAACGACGUGGAGGCGUGGAUGAUACACCGGGGCGAGAACUGGAGAUGGAGUUGCUCGUGAUCAGCCUCUCCUUAUGGAUCCUGCAGUGCCGCUCAGCUCGCGCGGACUCCAUUAUUCACAUCGGAGCUAUUUUUGAACAGAACGCCAUACGGGACGACGAGGUUUUUCAGCUUGCCAUUUCAGACCUGAGUUUGAAUGACGACAUCCUCCAGAGCGAGAGGAUUACCCAUUCCAUCAAACUUAUCGAGCCCAACAACCCCUUCCAGGCAGUACAGGAAGGGUAUGGCAGUGUGCCGAGUUGUCUGUCCAAGAGGGUCAGCGGCAGUCCUGCAAACCAGAGGACAACCUGUGAGCUCAUGAAUCAGGGGAUACUGGCAUUGGUGUCGUCAACGGGAUGUGCUGCAGCCAACGCACUACAGUCUCUCACGGACGCCAUGCACAUUCCUCACCUGUUCAUUCAGAGGAAUGGAGACGGCACACCCCGCGCUGAGUGCCAGCUCAAUCCCAGCCCCGACGGAGAGCGCUACACUCUGGCCGCACGCCCUCCUGUGCGUCUAAAUGAUGUCAUGAUCACGCUCGUCUCUGAACUGCGCUGGCACAAGUUCAUUGUUUUCUAUGACAGCGAGUACGAUGUGCGGGGUAUGCGUGGAUUUCUGGACCAGGCAUCUCGAAUGGGUUUGGAUGUGUCUCUACAGCAAGUUGACCGAAAUGUGACAAAGGUCUUUUCUACCCUGUUCAGCACAAUGAGGAUGGAGGAGCUGAACCGUUACCGGGACACGCUCAGACGGGCCAUCCUGCUGCUCAGUCCUCGCACUGCCCAGGUCUUCAUACACCAGGCAGUGGAAACGAAUCUAGCAUCCAAAGAUAGUCACUGGGUGUACGCCAAUGAGGAAGUUAGUGACACAGAGAUCAUGGAGCUUGUCCACAGCGCUCUGGGCCGGAUGACAGUGAUCCGGCAGAUCUUCCCCCUGUGGAGGGACACCAACAUCCGCUGCAUGAGGAACAAUCAUCGUAUCUCCUCGCUGCUUUGCGACCCGCAGGAAGGGUACCUGCAGUCUCUAGAGGUGUCUAGUUUGUACCUGUACGACAGUGUGCUGAUGCUGGCCAAUGCCUUCUACCGGAAGUUAGAGGACAGGAAGUGGCACAGCAUGGCCAGUCUGAACUGCAUGAGGAAGUCAACCAAGCCCUGGAACGGCGGCUGGUCCAUGCUGGACACCAUCCAAAAGGGACGGAUUUCUGGGCUCACUGGUUUAAUGGACUUCCGAAGCAAUGGAGCGAACUCUCAUGUCCAGUUUGAGGUCCUGGGGACCAGUUACAGUGAGACGUUUGGAAAAGAUGUAAAGCGGCUGGCGACAUGGGACUCUGAUCGUGGGCUAAAUGGCAGUCUGAGGGAGAACCGGGCCGAGCAUGGCAUGCAGGGAGUUACUCUGAAAGUGGUGACUUUACUGGAGGAGCCCUUCGUAAUGGUGGCAGAAAACAUUCUAGGUCAGCCCAAAAGAUAUAAGGGGUUUUCCAUAGAUGUUCUGGAUGCCCUGGCCAAAAUUCUGGGCUUUAAGUAUGAAAUGUAUCAGGUGGCUGAUGGUAAAUAUGGAUCUCCUCAGGCCAAUGGGUCUUGGAACGGAAUGAUUGGAGAGCUAAUUGGAAAGAGGGCAGAUGUGGCUAUUUCAGCCAUCACCAUCACUCCGGAACGAGAGAACGUGGUGGACUUCAGUAAACGCUAUCUGGAUUAUUCUGUGGGAAUCCUGAUGACUAAAACAGAAGAGAGACUCAACAUCUUCUCCUUGCUGGCACCGUUUGACCUGGCGGUGUGGGCCUGCAUUGCUGCUGCCAUUCCUGUGGUGGGUGUCAUGGUCUUUCUGCUCCGACGCGUCCAGUCUGUCCGCUCCCAGAAUCCUCCUGGGCCCCACCAGCCUGCUUCUGUCACGACGUCCUUCCAAAGUGCCAUCUGGAUCGUCUACGGAGCCUUUGUACAGCAAGGUGGUGAAUCUUUCAUGAGUUCAAUGGCUCUCAGGAUUGCAAUGGGAAGCUGGUGGCUAUUCACCCUUAUUGUCUGUUCAUCCUACACAGCCAACCUGGCAGCCUACCUCACCGUGUCCCGCAUGGACAACGCUAUUCGAACAUUUCAAGACCUUUCCAAGCAGACAGAGCUGAGCUUCGGAACGGUGAGAGAGUCUGCUGUGUUCGAGUAUUUCAGGGUGAAGGGCACGAACCCCCUGGAGCAAGACAGCACUUUCGCCGAGUUGUGGAGAACUAUCAAUAAAAACCAGGGACAGGACAACUCUGUGACCUCUCCUGCUGAAGGCAUCCGCAAGGUGAAGCGGGAUCCGUAUGCCUUCCUGUGGGACAUGGCGGUGUUAGAGUAUGCAGCUCUGACAGAUGAUGAUUGUACGCUGGUGGUCACAGGAAACAGCAUGAGCAGCAAAGGAUAUGGCCUGGCUCUGCAGCACGGCAGCCCCUACAGAGAUCUCUUCUCGCAGAAGAUCCUUGACCUGCAAGAGAAAGGAGACCUUGACAUUCUAAAGCAGAAAUGGUGGCCUCGGAAAGGUCGCUGCGACCUGGACAAGCAUGCAGAGCCUCAGCCGGAGGGUCGUGCCCUGAGACUGCACAGCUUCGCUGGGGUUUUCUGCAUCCUAGCGGCAGGGCUGCUGCUGGCCUGCCUGGUGGCCGCUCUGGAGUCUUGGUGGAACGGGCCACGCUGCCAACGGGCACAGCCCAAAGAGGACACUAAGGGCUGCACUCUGGAGAUGGCGUCUGGGUCAUUGGCAUAUAAUGAAAUUGCAACUGCCGCAGGAUGCACACGGGACGUUUGGCCAGAGAGAGAAAGAGACUGGGAAGACACGCAGGCUUUUUACACAGGACAAAGAGAUGGAUCUGGAGCAGGUUCACCAGCGUUUGAGUGGGCUGAUGGAGGACGAUCUGGCACACAAGCAGCUGCCAGGUCAGUCUCUGGAGAUCUCUGCCCUGGACAUGGGCAGCAUGCGGCCACAGCAGAGCUCCCAGGAACCCAUGAGAGAUUUCCCCCCUGGGGCCCUGUCCGUGACUUCGUUCCUUCAGGAGGGUCCUGGGGUCGGCCGCGUGCCCGGACGGAGCCUCCCCCUCCCUCUCAGCAGUUCCACUCUGCCGCCAUCCAUGCGCUGCAAACACCGGGCGCCCAACGGAGGCCUUUUCCGCCAGAGCCCCGUAAAGACACCUAUGCCCAUCUCUUACCAGGCAGUGCCCGGGGGACCCAUCCCAGAAGCCAUUGAUCCAAGCCAUGGGACCUCUAUUUGAGCCAACCGGUCAGAGCGUUCUAAAGACUGCCAACCAGCCAAUUACAAAAACCGAGUUUGGACCAGGUCUGGUUGCAUUUAUACAAUUACAUACAUACAAACAGAUAUGAAGAUCUUUUUUUCAGUACAGAUACAUAUGACUGUGAGACGCUGAAUUUCCUUGCCUGUACAUAUUUGUAUAUAAUGAGAGACAGCAGUGAAGUCAAAGUGUAUUUUGAAUAUUCAUGAUUUUUUUGAAGUUGAGUUUAAAAGAAGUAAUUACAUAAAAUACAGACUGUUUGAAUGGCUUUGUAAAUUUUGUUCUAAAAUAAAAAUGAGAAUUCCUUGUGGAUGUUU